CAACAAUAUGGAAGUGAAACGUAUGACAACCAAUACGAUAGACAACUGAAAUAAAUAAGUUUCUAUUUCAUUUAACUCUUUAUUUGUUUACUACAAUGUCGACCCCUGGUCGCGGCCGUGGGUACACCGGAAGGCACCACAUUCGCGACCCGAGGCCGGGUGACGCAGACCUUGCUGAUCUCGACGCUGCCAGAACUUUAGCAGAGCUCAGUCCACGCUCCACAGAGUCCCGAGAAAAGCCAGAGAAAGUGCUAGAAGUGGAUCCAGAGAAAGAAAAAGAACCAGAAAAAGUUGCAACAACCGACGAUGAUGCACUAAAAGAAUUGCUGACGAUUGAUGAGCAAUAUACACCCUUGUUGACAUUGUUGGAGCAGUUUUCACCGGGCGAAGAUGGUAUACAGUUCAAUAGGAAAUUAAAAACUUUUGAAGCCACAGUAACCAAAAUGUGUCCAGAUGAAGCUAGCCUACAACAAGCAUUCGGAGCCUUCCGUGCCGCAGCCCUACGGCAUCCGAGUACUGCCCGCAAGCUGGCCGCCGUCGGAGCCUCAUUCACACGGCAGCAACGUCAGCAGCUACUACGGGCAGCACUUCUCAACGUGGUCAUGCAGGGCACCUUCUCCAAAUUGGAUGUACUAGAGAAAGCUAACCCUAUGUUUUUAAUAAAUGCUGCUAACCUCAUGGGAGAUUACUUUGCGGAGGCGCGGCUGUGUAAUGGACACAAGGUUCAUAUCCUGGCGGCGCCACUGCUCCAGUACCUACGGGCACUUCUCGCUUCAGACGACCUUCGAGCACACCGCAGUCUGGCUACACAGCUAAUGCAAAACGGCCGUGAGCUGCUCUCACAGCAUACAGCUCAGGAGUUGGACGACUUAUCAAUAUCAAUACGUCUCCGACUCCUCACCCCGCCGCCCGUCAGCAUCAUAUGGCUGCUCCUAUCAGCAGACCUCUGUUUAAACAAAUUCCUACCCCUACCGAACACCCUGCAACAGUUCUACGCAUCACACCUAGAAUUGACCACCGAUGAGAACUACUCUGAAGUCAGCUACGGAUCGUGGAAGAAGAGUCCAGAGAAGGAUAACACGUCGGAUGUCAGCACGGAGAGUUUCACAGAGAAGAUUGGGAAUCUCUCACAAAUUAGUCUCAACAGUGAAGACGAUGCGAAACCCAAGUUGAGACCUAUAUUAGGGGCAGGUGCUGGCUUGUUGAGACAGGAACAAGCGUUGUCAGUCAGUCAGGAUAACUUCGAAACGUGGACAGCAAAGAAUACUCUAUCAAAACGAUAUGAUCUGAAUUCUUGGAGACAGACUGAAGAGGAGAAGGAGGAAGAAGUCUUCAAUCCAACAGUUCUACCACCAAAUUUUCCAACAGUGCCAGAUUACCCACCCCCGAACCUGUUUUACCCUGAAAAUGUUAAUUACUUGCAACAAGGAGAUGGGACGUACAUACAGAAUCAGUACUCCUCGCCCCAAAACUUCACACCUCAAGGAGACGCAUACGUUCAAUACCAGAACGAGAGACCGCCUAGUGUACCCGAUAGAAUUAACAAUGAAAUGCAGAAGAACUCACAAAGAAAACCGGUGGAGAACUGGAGAAGAGAGAAGAGUGAUCUCAAAGAAGAUUCCAACAGGAACAGAGCGCGGAACUGGACUCGACAUCAGUCCAAAGACAAUGUUAACGACGAGGAGGACAAAGAAAAGGUUAAGGACCCAGAGAAAUUCCCGAGAUCAACGUCGCGGAGUUCCCGGGACUCCCGGGAUUCUAAGCCCGGGAAUAGAACGGCCCGGCGGAAUAGUGGUGAAAGUGACGCAAAUUCAACAAGCGGAGCCAAGACUCCAAUGCGGAGACACGUCAGCGACGUCCCGCGGAAUAACAAAUACUGGGAUCACGACGACCGGUGCGACAAAGACUAUAAUAGUUAGUGAAUUCAAUCCCGUGGGAUUUCAGAUCUUGAAUUGUUAGGUGGCCGAUAUUUGGUGGCAUUUGGUAACCCCACUGUUGGACGAUUUGAUUACUUGCAUCUAAUUAUGAAAUUAAAUUUGUUCCUUAUUUAAAACAAUACAGUCAUAAAUUUCGUUAAAAAAAUGACUAUAGUUUGAAAAAUAUUAAAAUAAUCGUUAGGAAUAUUAUUUUAAUAAACUCCAAAAUUAAUUAAUUAAUAAAUAUCAGCAAUCCAUCAGUGAGGUAUGUCGUAAUAUCUCGAAAGCAUCGGUCCAACCUAAUGUAAUCUGGAUAUGGACAUUUUUAUAGUAAAAUUUGCAAGUGCUAGCGUAGAGUGGUCGUUUUAGUGCAAAGUGAUAUACAUGAAGCUAUAUCCCAGGAAUUCGACUGUAUCUGGUAAGGUAUAAUAAUAAUCUCAGG